AUGACAGCUCUUCACAGCCUGGAGAAAAACCACGGAAUUGUAAAAGAUACACUAAACAAGAACAGAAAACUGGAACCCAACAAAAAGUCAAAAACAAGUACAGAUAUGAGCUUUGUAAGUGAAAGGAUAAUUAGAGCAAGAGUGAACUUGGGAAAGAAUAGUUUUACUGUACUCCAAGUGUACACACCUCAGCAAGGGUGCAGUGAGGAAGAAAAAACGAAAUUCCUUCAAGAACUGGAAGACCAAGUAAGAGGAGAUAACAUUAUGAGAAUUGGGGAUCUGAAUGCUCAGAUCGGCAUGGAUAGAAAUGGAUAUGAGGAGAAUACAUUCUUCAGAGAACAAGAUAGCCAUAAGAUUACUAGAUAUGGCUGGGAUGGCAUAUCUAAGACAGUUAUAGGCUACAUAUUAAUGGACAAAUUAACUGGAGGAAAAGUAAGGGAAACUAAAGUCAUACAAAAAUGCCAAAAAUUGAGGAGGAGGAAAGAAGAAGAAAAUAAGAAAAGCUUCCAAAAUCUAGUAGCACAAAAAUUGCCAAAAAUUGAAAAGGGUAGUGUAGAGGAAGAGUGGAACCUAUUUAAAACAUCAAUAGUUAACAGUGCUGUGCAGAUAUGUGGCAAAACAAAGGGUAAAGUGAAAUACAAAGAAACCAGUUGGUGGAACGAUAGAGUAAAAGAUGCAAUUAAAAAAGUAAUAUGA